ACCCACAUCGGAUUCAUUUCGGAGCCGAGCCUGAGUAGAGAAGCUAUUUUUGACCCACCACGCCAAGGAAAGCAAAGCAGUUGCAUACUACGAAUUAGACCUCAAACAUGUCACAGGAGUUAUACGAUUGUAUAGUAAUUGGAGCCGGUAUACAGGGUUCUUUUACAUCCUAUCAUCUGGCGAAAAAGAACAAGAAAACUCUCCUACUUGAGCAGUUUCCUCUGCCUCACUCUCGAGGAAGCUCUCAUGGCCAGACACGUGUUAUCCGAAAGGCCUAUGAACACGACUUCUACGUCCAUAUGAUGGAGGAGAGCUAUCAGCUCUGGUCCCAGCUGGAGAAAGAAACCAAUGUUCAACUGUACAGACGCACAGGGCUUCUCGUCAUGGGUCCAGAGAACGGGAAAGAGUUCCAGCUCCUCAAGACUACUCUAGAGAGAAACCACGUCCCUACUGUGAACCUCCUGGGUGAUGAGUUCAGCAAGCAUAUCCCCCUUGUCAACCUGACCAAGGGAAACGGAGCUCUUGUCGACACCACAGCUGGGGUGCUGUAUGCUGACCGCGCACUCAAAACUGUCCAGGGCCUUUUUCAGAGAAUGGGUGGCGUCAUAAAGGAUGGCGAGGAGGUGAACGCCAUCAAGCCGGGCUCAGUGGUUACCGUGAUGACAGCCAGCGGAACGUACAGCGCAAAGAGCCUGGUGAUCACAGCAGGAUCCUGGGCCAACAACCUGCUCUCCCACACUGGGCUACACCUCCCACUACAGGUGUUUAAAAUCAACGUGUGCUACUGGAAGGAAAAGGUCCCUGGAUCCUACAGCAUCCACCGCCGCUUCCCUUGCUUCAUUCAAGUUGAGUCCGAAGAGUCCAAUCAUCACAUCUAUGGCUUACCAUCCAAUGAGUACCCAGGGCUAAUGAAGUUGUGCUACCACAUAGGCCCUGAGAUUGAGCCAGAUGAGAGGGACAGACAGACGGACAGAGAGGAUAUUGAUAUCCUGCAGCGCUACGUCGCCCGCUGUUUCCCUGGCCUGGUGCCUGUGCCUGCCGUGGUGGAGAGCUGCAUGUAUACGAUGACUCCAGACCAGCAUUUCAUACUGGACUCCCAUCCCACCUACAGUAACAUUGUAAUUGGAGCAGGGUUCUCAGGUCAUGGGUUCAAGUUUGGACCGAUUGUGGGGAAACUGCUAUAUGAGCUCAGCCAAGGUGAAGUGCCUUCUUAUGACCUAUCGCCUUUCAGAAUUAGACGCUUUCAGACUCAUUCCAAAUCUGCUUUGUAGAGUCAGAAUCCAUUUUAAAUGAUGAGUUAUGUCACUACUUUUUGAGGAUAUUAAUCUUAUCUCAGAAAAGUAUAUGCUAAAACUGAAGAUUUGUGUUGGUGUACACCCAAGAUUGGUAAAACGCAAUGCUAUGCAAUGAAAUAUAUUCAUUUUAAUGGACAGGACCGGUCAUUUUCCUAGUGCUUGUUUUUCAUGCAAUAAGUUGUUAACGGGGAUGCUACCACAGGUUCGAACUUGGACCCAUCUUGCUACUCAAACGAGUGCUGUAUGUUUCUUAAUGCCUUCAUCCAUGACAAAUUGUAUUAAACGUUACAAAAAAUGUA